UCUCAACCCUGUUUUCUUUCGGAGUCCUCUCUUCGCUCUGGUGCCCCCUCAAAAAAAACUCUCCGUGGAAGAGCUGCAGGGCUGUAUAGAUGGCAAGCCCAGGUCCCACGGCAGUCAUGGCGGCGCCGUUGGCUCACUUUGAAGAGGACUGGCAGGACUUCAACGAAUUCCAGCCCUCCUCCUUCGAGGCGCCGGAUGAACUGGAUCAGGUGAACUCGAAUGCGAGCGAAGCGGCGUCGGGCCUCGACGCUCACGCCGACGCUGAGCACUGCUUCUCCGGGGAGUUCUGCGGCUUCGAGACCAUGGAAGACCUGGUCCAGGACUUCGACGCAAAGCUGAGCGUUUGCUUCCGAAACUACAACACGGCAACUGAACAUAUUGCGCCCAUCAAGCCGAUCACAGAGGAACAUUUCCUGAAAGACGACGAGGUGUGGAACGCCCUGAGCGGUAACUAUGGCAACGUGAUGCCUGUGGACUGGAAGACCUCCCACACACGCUCCCUGCACCUGCCCACACUCAACCUCCGCCCGCACAAGGCGCUGGACAACCAGUCCCUGGACCUCUCUGACGACGAGGAGCUGCGGGAGCAGAUGGACAUGCACUCCAUCAUCGUCUCAUGCGUUAACAACGAGCCCCUGUUCACCGCAGAGCAGGUGAUUGAGGAGAUAGAGGAGAUGAUGCAGGAGUCUCCUGACCCGGAGGAGGACGGCAGCAGCAUCGCCUACCAGUCGGACCUCUCCAAUCUCUCUGAGGACCUCCAGGCACUCAAACACUCCCAGUCCAACUCCAGCUACCAAGACCGGCUGCGGCAGCUGUCUGUGUGUGAGCUGACGGAGGCUCUGGAGGAGGUGGAGUCGGCCAUCGGCCGCUACAGCGAGGAGCUCAUCCAGGCCCUGGCCCUGAGGGACGAGCUGGACUACGAGAAGGAGGUGAAGAACAGCUUCAUCUCGCUGAUCAUCGACGUGCAGAACCGGCAGAAGGAGCAGCGCGAGCUGCUGCGCAAGAGGAGGAAGAUCCGCAGCACCACCACCAUCGGGCCCAACGGCCAGCGGACGGCCAGCACGCACGUACCGGGAACGCUCCUCACUCUGGAGGGAUUGUCCACAGUCAUUCAAAAUGGCCUCCGUCAAACUUUCGGCGGGCCUGAAGGGGACAAGCAGUAUCUGACCACCGUGAUCCCCUAUGAGAAGAAGGCCGGCUCCCCCUCCGUGGAGGACCUCCAGAUCCUCACCAAAAUUCUCCAAGCCAUGAGGGACGACAGUGAGAAGGUGCCCAGCCUCCUAACAGAUUACAUCCUCAAAGCUCUGGUGUGAGCACGGGGGAGAUGAAGUCCUGUGUCCAACCUGAAGCCCAAGGGGAGGAGCCAACCGUUUCAGAAACCUUCAGGUCAUCACCUCAGAGACUGUCUUGAUCGAUGCCUUCCUCAACCGCCCCCCCCCCCCCCCCGCCCUUCCAAAUAUGAACUUUACUCCUUCUUUAUUUGUCUUACGUGGCCAUAUUUUUGUUGGGUCAAAUUACAUUUUAACCGCCGAUUAGACCUGUGGUCUGUCGGUUUCACCUCACGUGUAACCUCAGUCUCACACACAUCGUUGUGUUGUCGUUUACUUUAUGUUUAGGUUUUUAAAAUGUGUCUAUUUUACUUUAUUUUUGAUUCUGCACGUCGACUUGUUUUGUGUUAGCCAGUAUUCAGUAUUACAUCAGCGGCCCCCGAAGCUCUCUGAAAGGGCCAGUGGCUGCUGUAUGGGGAAAAUGAUAGGAUGGAUGUUAGUUUUUAAAAUCUCGGGACACAGCCGAAAUGGGAAGUCGGCUGUCCUGUUUCUGGGAACGUUUUCUGAAUCACGUGAUGUUUGCGUCGCUGCAGUUCUUUCUUGGGAGGAGAACAGUCGAUCAGGGUGUUCUCUGAAUCCGAUCCAGCAUGAAUCUGUUGCUCUGAUUUAUGCUGGGUGCGCCCCUUUUAUCGAUUUGUCUCAAUGAGGUACAAAGCACAUAUAUUUUAAAUUUGUAGGCAAAAGAACAAAAACUUCACUCUAAAAAGUGAAAAUCACUGCGCAAGCAUAAUUUUAUGCUUGGCAGAGCUGCAUUAGUCCGAUAGAGUAUAUAAAAUAUGUAUUUUUAUUAAGAAAAAGGCACCUAUACAAGACUUCUACGGAAUGUCAAAAAGGGAAAAAGGUGUAAUUAAGGUUUUAAUGUAAGAGAUUUAACUGGGGAGCCCGUGUUCAGUGUCGCAUGUUUUGUGUAGUGGGUCAUUGAGGCCAAGACAGAGACUUGGUACUGCUAAUAGUUACUCUUUAAUUUACAUUGAAGUUUCCAUUCAAGUGCUGUUGUUCACCUUUGGCCCGCGAGUAGCGUUAUUGGUCCGGUUUAUUCAAGCAAUGAAUGGAAAAAUGUUAGUCAGGUAACAAAAUAAAUGGCAUUUGUCCAAAAAGGCGAUCAUAUUCAAGGAAUAACUGUGGUAGGUCAGGUUAUGUAAAGUACAGAGGCAUCUCAACCGCCUGCUUGCACGCAGAUAAGGAAUAUGUCAUUGCUGUUGUUGUUAAAUACCCCACUGAACUUUAUACUUUCAAUCUCCUAACCUUUAAUAAUCCUAUAUUUUGUCCUCAUUGAUUGUUGAUCAGUCGCCCCUACUUUUAAAACAGGCCAUAUCUCUGGAAAGGUGGUUAACCUAACACAGGGAUCCAAAGCCAUCCAAGCAUCUCCUGAGUUUCUCUGUGUCUCCUCAAGGUCUCUAGUUUUCAGGUACUAUCGACAGAGUUGGCUCUUUAACAAAAUGGCGGUUUUAAAGGAUCCAGCGGGUUUAACGACCCGACAUUCCAGAGCACAUCCUAACGUUUUUCCAGUGCGGCGUCGGGAAUGUCUCCACUGCCAACACGAGAUCACGACGCGCAGCUCGGCAACAUGCGUCAGGGCUUAGAUGUCAGUUUGUCAGGAGAUACUAAGUCAGUCUGUGUGUAACGUAGCCUAGCGUAGCUCAGCAGAAACAUCUAGUUAGGUGUUCUUAUCAGUUGUAGACCUUUUUUUCUUUUAUUUUUUAAGGUGGUGUCGUCAGCUAGAGACGAACCACGCUACACUAGUUCGUCCUUUUAAAGUCUGUUGUUGUCCUUAGCUGUUGUAUCACCGCCGCGUCAUGGCAACUUUUUUUUAGGGACCGCUUGACGUUUAGUCGCCGCAUGGAUUGAGUCUUUCUUUAACUGUCAGGUCUUCAGUCUUCAUGGUCUUUAUGACACCUCUUUUGUCCCACCAGCAGCGAAGAAGCGAUACAGGGAAAGAUUGGUACUGCGAUGCGUUUAGCCGUCGCACAAAGCAGCGGCCAAAGUUGCGUUGUGGUAACGGCAGGGGUUCCGCCAGGACGUUUGGAGAACACUAUGAUGUACAAAUGAACGGUUUGCCUUUUUGAAUCAGGACAUGUCCUUCCAGCUUUAAGAAGCAUUCGUAACCCAGCAUGUGCUGCAUGCCAUUUCAAAACGCAUUUCGAUGACCAUGCCAUGUCAAAAAUUACUAACACCUCCCUGAAAAGGGACACGAUGCACGCAGCAGCACACAAGAUUUGACAUUUUUCGGAGCAGUUUGCACUUUUCAGAUGAUUUGAUAACUCGCUCACUUUAAAUCUCAAGAGAAGAAUCGCAACGAGACGUUGAGUUCUUGAACUUAAACGGAAGAGUUUUUUGUGCCGUGGAAGCAGAUCUGAGACACGCUUCCUCUCAGGAUGAAGCCCUUCUCCCCUCCCCUCCCUCCUCUCAUUAGGUCUUCUAAACUUGCAUAUCAGCAUAAUGGCGUGUUGGAGAUUUAUAUUUAUAUAUUGCAAAACCAGCAACAUUAAAAGAAAAAAGGCUGCCUUUUUAAAUGCCAGAAAUUUGUAUAUAAAUUCAUCUCAUUGAUUUUAACGCAAUAUAAUUCUUUCCCUUUUUGGGUUGUUUUAUGUUUACUGUCUUUAUGUGAUAUGUACUUGCAGUACAUUAAUUUAUUAUGUGAAUGUUUUGUACCCAUACUAUUAACUUUAAUGGCACAAAUGGUUUGUGCCCAAAUUGCAUCGCAACUCAUUACAAAUAAAUUAAUAUGAUCAUUUGA